AGGCUGGAGAUGAACUUCCGGUGUCUUCUUCAGCCAACGAUUGGCCGAUGUGAAUUUUACGUCAAUUUACGUGAAAAAACAUGGCGGCCGAGCUGCAGUAGGUCUGUCUUGCCCACUGAAACGUGUUUGAUAAUUCUGAUAUAUUUACAGUUCAAUCUUCAUAUUUCUUCUGCAUAAUCUGUUAAGAAUUCCUCUAAACGGCUCGUGUGAAUUCAACGUGCGCGGUAACGGUUUCACGUCAGUCCCCCUCAAAGGUGAACGAUGGCUACUUUGACUCAACCACGUUGUGCUGAUGUUAUACGUUUGGACUCGAUGACUAGUGUUACAUCUGUUAACCUCCUAAAAUGUCUCCCUAAAGCCGAUACGAUGUAAAAUACCACCAACAGUCGUUAUCAUGAGGUGAUAUGACGCCAUUGAGACGGAGUUGGCUUUUAUUUAUCGCAGAACGUAACGCCCGCGCAAAGCUUCGUUGCACGUGUGCUUUUAUCGCCUGUUCUUUUUUUUUCUUUUCUUUUUUACAUCUGCGUAGAAAUGUCAAAAGUUCAAACCCCGCAUGGUAAGUUGGGUAAACACCAUGUGAAGAGGAAGAAGCAGCAGCCGCUCGACCCCUCAUUCAAGAGACUCAGAAUGGUCUAUUGUAUUUUGUGUCGCAGGUCUUCUUUGAAAGCGCAAGUCCAACACCAUGAACAUGGGAUGCUGCAUCACGAAGAGCUGGAGACAGUGCGGGACAUGGAAACAUUUCAUAAGUGUCAGGCAUGUAAUGCAUCCUUCAUGAGUUUAAAAAAGUAUGCUCAGCACGUCUCGACCGCUCAACACAAAGCAAAAUUGGACAGUUUGAUCAAGAGAAAUGUAAAACCUGUCCCUCUGAAAAAGACUCUGAGCGAACAGACCAUGGGCCGUCUCAAGGAGAAAAACAAGACACUAAAAAAAGAGGAGAGGAAAGCAAUGCAUAAGAAAAAAAAGAAAGAGCUGCAAGAAGCUGGUCAGGCUAAAAUGCGACAUGGAGCCUUGUGGAAAAACACAGGUGUGUCCAAAGUAGUGGAGCUGAAAACAAACAGUCAUGUGAACAUGCAGGAGACUCGCCAACAGUUAAGUAACAAUGCUGUUGUUCAAAACAAAGAGAACAAAGAGACCCGUCUGCAGAAGUCUCUUCACGAAAGAGAAUCGGCUAAUCAAAGCGAAAGAUUGGCUUGCUUCUCAGAAGAUCCCACUGGUCAAACUUCUCUUCAAGACCAGUCCACACAAUCAGCUCAGCAGCUGGGGUAUCAUGACAACUUUUCUCUCAAAAUAGAGCGCUCCCAAACAGACGGACUUGUCAGCAGACCGUACACAACCCAAGUAGGUGCCACUAAAAAGUCAAAACAAAUGAAAUGGUCUACAGACGCGGAGAAUAACUAUUACGACAAGCAGUUUGAUAGAGAAUUCACCAGUGAUGUCCUUCCUCAGGAAGGAGCCAUCAUCUUUGGUGAAGACCAGGAAGAGCUGGGACCUUCUCAGCCAGCACAACAAAGUUUGUCUCAAAUAGCUUCACCUGACGGAGCCGACAAUGCAGCUCCGAUACGCGAUGUCGAUGUCAGCGCGAUGCUACGGCAAAUCAGAAGAGCGCUGGGUGUGAGGGAGCCGUGUCGAGCCGACCGCGAAGCCCGAAUGCAGAACCGUAAAGCAGGUUUCCAGAUGGCUGAUCAUAACACCAUGCAACAAGCCGGAGCUGAGAAGAAGCAGCCAACAGGCGGCUCCGUUAAGAAGAACAAGAAGGAGGCGAUGCGUAACAUCACCUCUGCUGCAGCUGCAUCCGGGCAAUCCUCCCAGGUUGACAGCCCUGAACCUGCAUCCCAUUCUCGCGUUUCUCACUCUAAUAUUACUCCCCCUCAGCAAAAGGAAAAAACGGUCAAAAUGACUCAAGAAAUGACUCAACAUUGUGAGACGAGCUCAAGUGACUCAAAUAUACCAUCACAGAGCAGGGAGGGGGAGUCUCAGGAGCUCGACAGCGAGACCUCUCUCGGCCAAUAUCCGACCACAUCCUCCGAGUCUCACCGGAACAUCGCCCGCAAGGUUCGAAUUGCCCACAAAUCAGACAAAGUUCAGGGAGGAAAAGAGGCUAAGCCUAAACCAACUGUGGAUACAUUGCUUAGCUUAUCAAGGACCAAGAAUAAAUUGACCAAGAAGGCGGCGUUAAUACAGAGGAAAAGGAUGAAGCAGGAAAAAGCCAACGGCAUGCCCAGCUUUGGAAGCGAGUUGGGGAACCAACAAAGCUCAACAGAAGCGACGGGCCUCAACAGAAGUCUGGCAGAUGGGUUUCAAUGGGAGUCGUUCCUGGACGGUCCUCCAGGUGCACAUCGGACCAUAUUACCUCCUCCGCCCCAGAACACAGCAUCUACCGACCCUCACACAGAAGCACCGCCAGAAUCUGUGAUUCAGGAACCGUUGGAGCAGCCUGGUGCAGCACAGGAAAGCUGCAGCAGUCAGACGGCUGUUUCUGUGAAGGUGGAGCCAAAGUUAGAGUAUGAGAAUGGAGAGUUGAGCGCCGACGGUCGUUACUGCAAGAGGAAACGCAACGCUUGUGAUGGCAUUUCCGAUGAGCAGUCAAGUGGCAAAAGGAUGAAUACAAAGUCAAACAGUGACCACGGCCAAAUGGACCAGCUGUUGGCUGUUUCUCUGAGGGAGGAUGAGCUGAGUCACUCGUUGCAGGAUUUGGACACGUCUCUGAUCCAGGCCCGCAAUGCCCUGCAAGCUGCCUACACAGAAGUGCAAAGACUCCUGCUAUUGAGACAGCAGUUUACUGAGGAGGUCAACCGUCUGAGAGCCCAGCGCAUUGUAAUCCUGCAAGGGAUGCAAGGAGGAUACACAGAAGCAGAGAAAGCCACCACCUCAUCAGCAGGAGCUCCUGCUAUUGUACAUCCAAGACACUCUCCCCUUCCUCCCUUACCCUUCCCCACCAUCUUCAGCCAGCAACCACACCCAGCAGCUUCCAUUAGCCCCCUCGCCCUGCCAAUCAUGCCAGUCGAGCAAGACCUCUUCCAACCAGCCACAGUGGGACGGGCUAGUCCUUUAGCCCAAACAGUCUCCACUGACUCUGAUACACUUCAGGUACCUGCUUUGAAACCUUCACUGCUGCUUCCUGCUCCUACAACUGCUGUUGCCUCUCUCAAACUAGAGAGCUCUGAAUCAGCAUGUACAAAUAGUUUUUCCGAAUCGUCUGCCUGGCAGCAGACGGUGACACCAGUGAGAGGAGAAACGCAGUCAGCCGACACUGAGUCUGAAGUUAGUGAAAAAGAGCCAGCAGCCGAGACGCCAGUCUCCACUUUAGUCCCCCAAAAAGAACAAAUUGCAUCUGCAACAACAACCGACGAAGAGGAAGGCAACGAGAGCGACGCCUCCGUCGAAAUGAUGGACCCCUGGGAUCGGGUGGUCAUUGAUAUCGAUGCGUCGGACAAUGAGGAGGUGCCAAAUGUUCCAGUCCACCAAGAGCCUCCUCAAACGGCCGUCAGCAUGGAGUUAAAUUCUUUAAGCACACAGACAACGAGUGAUGUUGAGAGGAAAUUUGUGCCAGUGCAAGAUUCCAGUGCUGCUCUCGAAUGUGGGACGGAGGAUGAGGAGAUGUCCGUGGGAUCUUUUCUGAAUCACGCGGGCCCCGUCCACGGCCUCCAAGUUCACGAAAGCCACCUGUACACCUGUUCAGGGGACAACACGGCACGGGCCUACAAUCUGAUGAACAAAGAGUGCCAAGCCGUGUUUGAAGGUCACACAAACAAAGUCAACUGUCUGCUGGUGUCGUCGGUCCCAGACAUGCCGUCCCGCCUCUACACCGGGUCCAGUGACCAGACCAUCCGCUGUUACAGCAUAAAGACCUCAAAGUGUCUGGAGAAGAUCACUCUGACAGACAGAGUGUUGUGUUUGCACAUUGCGUGGAAGAUCCUGUAUGCUGGACUGGCCAACGGGUCAGUGGCUAGCUAUGACUUGAAGAAUCUGAAGCACUUGGAUGAGUUUGACUGCCACAGCCCGCGCGGUGUGAGCUGCCUGGGAACGGCACAGGAGGGCGCCCGCCGCGUGCUGCUGGUCGGCUCCUACGACAGCACCAUCAGCGUCCGAGACGCCAAGAGCAGCUUGCUGCUGCGCUCGCUGCAGGGUCACACCAAAACCGUCCUCUGUAUGAAGGUGGUGAAUGACCUGGUCUUUAGUGGCUCCAGUGACACAUCCGUUCACGCCCACAACAUCCACACGGGUGAGUUGGUCCGUAUCUACAAGGGUCACGGUCACGCGGUCACAUCGAUAGUCAUCCUGGGGAAAGUGAUGGUGACCGCCUCUCUGGACAAACUGGUCCGAGUUUAUGAGCUACAGUCUCAUGACCGUCUGCAGGUGUACGGGGGUCACGAUGACAUGGUGAUGUGCAUGGCCGUACAUAAGAGUGUGGUCUAUACGGGCUGUUAUGACGGCAGUGUUCAAGCGGUGAAGCUCAACUUGCUGAAGAACUACCGCUGCUGGUGGCAGAACUGCUCUCUGAUCUUCGGCACGACGGAGCAUCUUUUGCAGCACCUCGUCGGAGAUCACAGCAACCUGUACAUGCGCACGGUCCGAUGUCGCUGGAGAGGCUGCGGCGCCUUUUUUGACACAAAUCAGUCUGUUCUGCAGAAGCUGCCUGAACACAUGCUGAGCCACGUGGAGAACGACAGUAAAGUGCAGCCUUGACGGCGGCUGCGGUGAAGUUAUGCAGCAGAUUGAGAUCUGUUGAUAUUUUUAAAAUUCUGUUUUUAUUUACCAUUCAUUUCCAAUUGGAGAUGAUGUUUUCCUGUUAUGUUCUCGCUUUUUGAGGUGCACAGUGCAUGUCGUGGUCUUGUGUGUGCUGUGACCUCUGAGAGUGAGACGAGACGGACCACGGGACAUUGAUCCCUGUUGGAUGACCAAAUCGAGACGUCUCAAUCAGUCCUGUUGUUAAAAUAAUUACUUUCAGCUAAAGUCUUCAACAACUAAGACAUUCAUCCUGAUUGAAUGAGCUGAGUAAUUCAAUAGUAUAUUUAGUUUUCAACAUGGUUGGUGUGGUUGUGUUCAGCAUCUUUAAAUUAAUGUAUAUUGUUCAGAGAUGUCAUGAGUACAUGUGGAGCUAAUUACUCAGAACAUUUAAACAACUAUGCAGCACUAAAAUAAUCACUUCGGAUUAGCUUUGGCGAAGCAGCCUGGAGUGUGAACUGCCUUCAGAAUUUGUUUUGGCGAUUGACUCCAAGUGGAGGAGACGGGUUCUGAUGUUGUCUGAAUAUGUUGAGGAACAGCAAAGCCGAGAUGCCACAUUAGUGAAGUUACCCAUCAGCACCCAGUGUGUGACAUGGUCCGUCUGCACGGCACCGAUUGAGCUUUGCGCUCCUGUCACACUGUCUGACAGCGGACAGUUUUUAAAAAGGAGAACACGAUAUAUUUUCUUUAUUCCAGGAAUUCAUCUUCCUCGUUAAAACCUGCCGCCUACAAUACCCAUAAUGCAACAAGGUAGUCCUGUUAAGCUCACUUCUUUCUUCCACCACACCUCCAGAUUUUCAGACUUGUAGUUUACAGCCCAAAUAACAAAAUGUAUCACAUUUUGUGCAGCACUUAAACCACAAAACAUUCGGCUUUAUACUUGUGUUUUCACCUUCGAUAGAACUCCCUACACACUGUAAUGAGACUGUAAAGUAAAGACGAUGUGCAAGUGACUGACAUGUCUUUUAUUUCCACAACCUCAGAUAAGAGGAUCAUUUUGGGGUCGUUUUAAGACGGGCCAGAGCGCUGAGGAUUAUUCAGAAUGAUUUGUUUUAAUUAAAUCCUUUCUAAAGAUUCAGAAUUUGUCCUGAGGUCACUUCAGUGUGGAACGCGGCCGACGGCUCGCUGUGGAGAGAAACGGGCGUGACACGCUGUGUUAUUUACAGAGUGGGAAGCAAUGCCAGUGUUUAAAAUCCAUUGGCUAAUAUUAAGCAACAAUCCUUCUGGAUAAAGAAUAUAAAGUGCGUCUCUACCUGCCGACUUUUAAGAUGGAUGAUUUGAUUUCGUUCUUUUAUCAGAACAUUUGUGUUGUUCCCCAACAGUGUUAAGACAAUGUAUCUUUAUUACCAUCGUUCACACUUUCAAUUGUAUUCCUUGUGUCGACUGAACGGUUUGACGAGAACAUAUGUUUAGCAUCUUUACAUUAUAUGUACUUUUUUCCCAUAUCACCUUCAAAACGCUACUAAUUUGAAAAGUAGUAGUGAGAAACCUUUUUGUAUGAUAGUGUGUAUUUGAUUUGUGUUUAAUACCUACUGUAUGUGUACAGCAAUACAAAUGUAAUUGGAUUCAUGUCUGCUAUAUUCUAAAACAUACAAUACAUUCA